GGGAAGACCUGACAGACUUCACAGGGAGCUGUGAACAAACACACACACCUUAGAGAGAGAGUCUACUUCCACCAACUGGACGGGGUCCCGAAGUAGACUUGAGGGAAAGAGGAAGGGAGGGAAGGUUUGAGGAAUUCCAGCAAACCUAGAAAGUAGUGGUAGAUUAGUUGUAGUGGUACUUGAUUCAAAGAAGACUUCAAAGUUGCCUGCAAGUUGGAACUGUUCUACUCUCGCCGUCGGGUGUCUUCUGUCAUUCAGGUCUUUUUUUAGUGCUUUAUUUUUACCCUGCGUUCUUGCACACCGGGCCACGUUUGUGUGUAAGAGUGUGUGUGUGUGCACACUUCUACCCUCUGCAAGCAAGCAAGCAAGCAGUGUGUGUUAAUUGGAGUCUACUUGAAACCAAGCCAUGGCCGACACAGACUUCAAACUGGAGCGUGCCAUCUUCGCCGAAAUCUCUGAUGACGAUGAGGAGGUGGCUUUGGUUACAUCUGCAGCCAAACCUGCAACAUCCUCGAAGGAGUUCAAGUUGAGACGAGGAGACGAUGAGGAUGAUGAUGACUCGGAGAAGGAGGUGGAUCUGGUGUUGGGUCCAGGGCUGGAUGAUGGUGACGCAGAAAAAUCGGAUGCUACUGGCAUGUUGGUGCUGGCGCUCCUAGAUAAAAUCAUCGGUGUGGUGGACAAGAUCCAGAAGACGCAGACGGGCCUGGAGGCCAAGCAGGAGGUGAUGGAGAAGAACAUGAGCAGCAUCCAGACUGAGCUGGCCAAGCUGGCCAAGAGUCACGUGGACACGUCCGGAACAGUCAACAAGCUCCUGGACAAGGUGCGGAAGGUGAACGUCAAUGUGAAGAGCGUGCGGGCGGACUUGGAGAAGCAAGUGGGACAGAUCAAAAAACUGGAGAACAACGAACAGGAGCUGCUCAAGAGGAAGAACAUCAAAGUUCUCAUUAUACCGGAAAAAGCAAAACCUGUGAAAGUCUCCAAGAAGCCUGCAGGAGAAGAAGGAGAGCAGGUGCUGAGUGAGGGAGGAGAGGAAGAGCGUGGCUCUGAAGGAGAAGUAGUGGAGGUCGAGGAGACCAUCGAGGAGUCCCGAGCUGAGCGCAUCAAGCGCAGCGGCCUCCAGAAGGUGGAUGAACUGAAGAAAGCCUUCAGCAAGGAACAGAUGCAGAAGACCAGACAGAGAACCAAGGAAAACCUUGAGAAAACCCGAAUGAGAACUAAAGAGAACCUGGAGAAGACCCGACAGAGGACCAGAGAGAACCUGGAGAAGACCAAGAAGAACCUAGGCAAGAAGAUGGGGAAGUUUGGGACAAAACUGACGCCUAACACAGAACGCAGAGAAAAGAUCCGCAGCUCCAGAGAGAAGGUGAAGAAGUCGAUGAACCCUGACCACACCGUCUACGCUCGUUCCAAAUCCACCACCUACCGCGUGCCGCCGUUUACCUUCCACGUCAAGAAGAUCCGUGGGGGUGAGACAGAGCCCACGCCAGAGCCUGAGGAAGAAGAGGAGGAGCAGAAGGAGGAGGAGGAGGAAGGAGAUCUGGUGGAGGAAGGUGAACUGGUCUGUCUGGAAGGCCCAGAGAUGGAGGCGGCAGAUCGCUCUCGGCUGGCCUUCCAGGAGACGGUCAGACCUCGAGAGACGGCCGGCCUGUAAGUCCUGUACGUCGAAGAAGAAGCGGAGAAGAAUCUUGUGGAGGAAUACGAGGAUAAAGGGAUACUCCAAGAAAUAAAAGGACAAAACUGUCACUGAGGCGGUAUCUUUUCUGAAAGGUGUACAGUCAGUGGUGGCAAAAAUGAUUAGAACACAGCGCAUAUUUAAAGUGCAGGUCAUAGGGAUAUUAUGUGUGCCCUUAUAUUGAGUUAAAGUCCAGUAGACUGUACAGCUGUAAAUGCAUCUAAGUUCAGAAAACAUUGGGUGUACCCCAGGGUGCGAAUUAUACAUUGUCGAUCAGUGGGGUUAACAUUUACAGUAUUGUUAGUUUGUGUAAUACCUGCUUCAGUUAUUCCAAUGUAUGAAUUUAUUCAAUUCGUUAAUAAAACAUAUUUAAGUUUUCAGUGUUUUGUGGGACAUUUAGUGUAUUCUGACCUACAGUAUCCUCUGAUUAGCUAUUUCAGAGGUUACUGUAAGUCAAACUAUCUAAACUGUGCAGCUAAUUUUACUGUACUUUUAGGCUAUAUGUAGAAACAAACACCAAUUUUAUGAGAAAAGUGAACACUUAUGUUGUUUAUCGUUGCUCUAGAUCUGCCCCGUUAUGCAUCCACAAUGGUAUGAACCGUUAUAGGGGUGCUCAAAUGUAUAUUUAUGUGAUCUAUUAUUUUAAUUAUUAUUUUAUUUAUUUAAGACGCACAUCAAAGCAAACUGUUUCUCACUGUUUAGAGGACUGACCCCCCCAUACAUCUUGUUUAGACAUCCUUCAGGGUUGAUCAAGCAUUCAAUCCCCCCCAAACCCCAAUGAAGUUUGCACCCUAGUGUACCCUACUAUUUAGUAUGUGAAAAACACAUAAGGCGAGUAAUAUGUGUGAAAUCAAAGUGUUCUGUGUUCUAAAGCAAUGUUUCUCAACCACGUUUCUGGAGACCCACCAGCUCUGAACAUUUUCCAUGUCUUCUUAACCAAACACACCUGAUUCAGAUCAUCAGCUCAUUAGCAGAGACUGAAAGACCUGAAAUGGGUGUGACAGACAAAGGACACAUCCAAAACAUGCCAUGUUGGUGGUCCUCCAGGAACAUGGUUGAGAAACACUGUUCUAAAGUAAGUCUGUAAACGCCUUCCUUCCAUAAGCUAACUCUGCUCUGAAUGGUAAGCUGGCCAAGUCUGUUUGGUUAGUCUUUCUGUAUCUAAUCCUUGUCUGAAUUGAAACACUCAGUUCAGAGUGUUUGUAUUUCACAGGAAGGCAGGGAUUAGGAUUGAAAGCAGUGAAAAGAAUUGAAAAUCUAAUGACUUGUUAAUGUUAUUCAGCCAACUUUUUAUUUUGAGGGACACUAGCUGGGUUUUCGUCAUCACUCUGUUGAUGCACACAUUUUAAACAUCACAUGAGAAACGAGUGAUGGAAAUGGCAAAACCUCGUAAUUCACAGAAAAGUUGUUAGUAAAGAACAUUAGAGCCAUGUGACCAAUCAGCUGUCUCCAUUAUGUUUGCUGCCUUGUUUACUGUUGGUUACUAGGUUACCAAUACUACAGUGAGCCUCUCUAACAACUUGAUAAAAACACAUCUAAUUCACGUUUGUUUUUGUUUUUCUAGCUUUGAACAGAUUUGCUUCAUGUUACAAUGGAAACUCGACUAGUAUCUUUAUGUAUCUUGCACUUUUGUUGCUUACGACAACAUAAAAGAUAUUUUUAGAAAAUCCAUAUGACCUGCUCUCUAAGAGAUUUCAGUAGUUUUGUUUAUGCUAUGGCCAUUACAAUACCCAUUAAACAAAUGAAAUACCUGUAAACUCAUUUCUAAUAACUGAUUUAUUUUAUCUUUGCCAAGAUGACAGUUCAUAAUAUUUGACUAGAUAUUUUUAAGACGCUUCCAUACAGCUUAAAGCGACAUUUAAACGCUUAACUAGGUUAAUUAGGUUAACUAGGCAGGGUAGGAUAAUUAGUAAUACUAAUUACUAAAAACACUAAUAAUUUUGACCUUAAAGCGGUUUUUAAAAAAUUAAAAACUUAUUUUAUUCUAGCAGAAAUAAAACAAAUAAGACUUUCUCCAGAAGAAAAAAUAUUAUCAGACAUACUGUGAAAAUUUCCUUGCUCUGUUAAACAUCAUUUGGGAAAUAUUACAUAUCCAUUACGCUUGCCUUGUUUACUCUUGGUUACUAAGUUACCAAUACUACAGUGAGCCGCUCUAACAACUUAAUGAAAAUGCACCUAAUUCACAUUGGUCUUGUUUUAUCUAGCUUUGAACAGAUUUGCUUCAUGUUACAAUGGAAACUCGACUAGUAUCUUUAUGUAUCUUGCACUUUUGUUGCUUACUACAACAUAAGAGAUUUUUUGAAAAUCCACAUGACCUGCUCUUUAAGAGAUUUCAGUAGUUUUGUUUAUGCUAUGGCCAUUAAAAUACCCAUUAAACAAUUGAAAUACCUGUAAAGUUAUCAUUACGCUCUAUAAACCAUAGCAUAGAGCCUUCUAGAGGAGAUUUAGGUCAUUUUCCUUACUAAAAGCAAGCAAUGUCACACAGUUAGUCAUAGUUAAUGGAGGCAUGGAGAACAUUAGUGUGGAAGAUCUCAGGAAAUGUAUUGACAAUCUGCCAGACAGAUGUGCUGCUGUAACUGCUGAAAAAGGUGGAAAUAUACCAGAUAUUUCAGUUAAGAGAGGAUAAAAAUAGUAAGACUCGCUUCUUUUGAUACAUUUCAAAUAUCUGCAGGUUUUUGAAGCAAAUAUCUGUCAGGUGUUGUAAUCUUAUUGGCCACCACUGUAUCUGUUUAUUAACAGUUUCCAUAUUUUAGGAUUCGCAAAUGUUUUCCAUUUAUUUACGGGUGUGAAUUGCAUUAUGGGAUGUUGAUCUCUGCUCUGUAGACUUUUGGUGAUGAAAAAUCAACUCUACAGUUUAACAAAGUGACUUUUAUUGGUAUUUUCAGUAGUUUGAAAUAAUAAAAUAUAUAAUAAAAUAUAUAGAGAGAAAUAAGUCUGUAAAAUGACAGAAAAUGUACUGGCAGCUUAUUACAAUGUUUUUGUUAAUAUUUCAACAUCAAAAGUUGACAGAGCAGAGAUCAAGGUGUCAUAGUGCAAUUCAGAUGCUGCAAGAUAUCAUCCAUGCAAUAUUUCAAAAGAUUUGCAACUUUUUAAACUGCUAAUGGCGUCAGUUAAAAAUGUGGGGGCUGUAAAUACCCCUCCUAUGAAACUGCACUUACUUUAAUAAAAAAUAGUCUGUUUGACCUCUAAAAAUAAGUCACCUUAUUCUCUGCUCUGUCGACUUUUGGUGUGGAAAAUUCAACUCUACAGUUUAUCAAAGUGACUUUUAUUGACGUUUUAGUAGUUUGAAAUAAUAUAAUAUAUACAGAAAUAAGUCAUAAAUAACAGAAAUUGUACUGGCAGAUUAUUACAAGCUUUUUGUGCGGUAAUAUACAACACUAACCCAGACAAUAUAUCACUUUAAACUAUUAAAAAUGUAAUUAAAAGUCACUUUUUCAAACUUUUAAAAGUUAAGAGUUGUUGGAAGAAAGAUCAAAGUCCCAUAAUGCAAUUAAAAAGCAUAAAUUAAUGGGGAAAAUAAAAACAUGAACCACAAAAUAUGGAAAACUGCUAGUUUACAGAUAUAAUUUACAGUGUAUUUUAAUGCUUAAAGUGACAUAUUAGUACCUAAAAAGUACAAAUAUACAUUUUAACAGGCACCACCCCAGUGACAGUUUUGUAGCUUUAUAUCUGGCAUGUGCUCGAGGACGGAUUAGAGAGCAAGUGAAUGCUGAGUUGACUGGACCUUUGGAUGAACUUUUGGUUUGUUUAUUUUUUCUUUUCUUUUCUUUUCCUUUUUUUGUUUAGUUUAGUUGUCAGUUUUUAAAAUUAACUAUAUGAUUACUUUUUAUUGUGUGGUGAACUAUAUAAUAAUACUGCAAGAAGAUCCAACAACAGUGAUUGGUUUAAUGUACAAAUAAAGGUGAAUUGAAUUGAAUUGAAUUUAAAAUCUUAAGAAAAAAGUAACUAAUGUUAAUGUCAGGAAAUACGGAUGUCAAAUAUAUUUUCAAGAAUCACUGUGAUGGUAUUUAGAGCCUACUAGAUAGGAUUUAUAAUAUUAACUUAUUCAUUUGUAAUUAAGGCUUCCCGGUUGCAGCCAAGAUAUAUUUACGGUAUAUAAAAGUGCCUAUAUUUAAUGAACGCCCUGUGCUCUUUGUACUGUCCUGUAAUGUGAUGGCUGAUGAUUUUAAUGCUGUAAAUGUAAUAACAGGGCAUCUGCCUCCUGUUGAACAUCUGGAUUUUAAAGGGAUAGAAAUCUAAUAGAAAUCUGCUGUUAAUUUAAUCAUCCUCAAACCAUCCAAGAUGUAGACUUUUUUUUAGCUGAAACUGUGGUAAUCUGUUCAAGUAACUGAACAGAAAUUAUAACAUAACAACUAGUGCUGUGAUUGGUGCAAAGAUUAAUCGUGAUUAAUCACAUCCAAAAUGCAAGUUUGCUUUGACAUAAUAUGCGUGUGUAGUGUUAUACUAUAUAGAAUUAUACACGCAUGCAUAAUUAUAUUUGAGAAUUUUUUUUUUUUUUUAGAUUGAUUUGCAUAUGAUACAAAUGAUAUAUAAAUUUAUAUAUAUAUAUAUAUAUAUAUAUAUAUAUAUAUAUAUAUCAGGGGUGGGCAAACUGUUUCCUGCAAAGUUUUGCUCCAACACUAAUCAAACACACCUCAACAUGUUAAUUGGUGUCGGAGCUAUUAGAGUUUAGAGUUGGAGCUAAGUUGCGCAGGACACCGGGCAUCCAGGAAAGAGUUUGCCCAUCCUUAUAUAUUGGCCCAGCACUAAUUAUUACAUUUAAUAAUAAUAUUAAUAAUGGUAAUAAUACAUUUACAGUUGAAGUCAGAUUUAUUAGCCCCUCUGUUUAUUUUUUCCCCAAUUUCUGUUUAACAGAGAGAAGAUUUUUUCAACACAUUUCUAAACAUAAUAGUUUUAAUAACUCAUUUCUAAUAACUGAUUUAUUUUAUCUUUGCCAUGAUGACAGUAAAUAAUAUUUGACUAGAUAUUUUUUAAGACGAUUCUAUACAGCUUAAAGUGACAUUUAAAGGCUUAACUAGGUUAAUUAGGUUAACUAGGCAGGUUAGGGUAAUUAGGCAAGUUAUUGUAUAAUGAUGGUUUGUUCUGUAGACUAUCGAAAAAAAAUAGCUUAAAGGGGCUAAUAGUUUUGACCUUAAAAUGGUGUUUAGAAAAUUAAAAACUGCUUUUAAUCUAGCCUAAAUACAACAAAUAUGACUUUCUACAGAAGAAAAAAUAUUAUCAGACAUACUGUGUAAAAUUUUCUGUUAAACAUCAUUUGGGAAAAAUAAAAAUACAACGGGGGGUUAAUAAUUCUGACUUUAAUUGUAUUUUGUAUAUUCUCAACCAUUUGUAAAUUCUAUAUCUUUCUCAAAGCACUUUACAUGCAAGCAACACAAAAGAAAAAACAAUAAAAAGCACACAUGAAAAAAUUACCAAAUUACAACGAUGUAAGACCAUGUUAAAGGAACAAUCAGACAGAAGCAAUCCUUUUUUAUAUGCUUUUCUUUUGACUGUCAAAAUGCUAAUAUGCGUUGACUUGUAUUUUAUGAAUAACCAAAGACCACACUUUCAGUUUCUUUUCCACUGAGGAGAAAAGUCACCCACAUCUUGGAUGGCCUGAAGAACAGUCCCUUAAACGUUGUGAUUAAAAUGUUGGAAACCUUUGAAAGUGAAACUCUGAGGUGCUAUAGAGUAUGUUACAUUAUGGAAAUAUUGUUGAGAGGAACGGAAUUAGAAAAUAUAAAGAUAGUUUGAUCAAAGAUAAAAUAACAAGCAAGCAACAGAAAGACAUGCAACCACCGAUGACUGAACUUUUUCCUCUUGGAACCUGAAGGCUUUAAUAAUCACUAGGAAAUAUGAAGAGUUAAUUGUUUUGCAGUCUUGUUACUGACGUGAAUGUGAUCUCCAGAUGUUUUAAAUGCCUCGCCGUCUGACUCAGACUUUAUUUAAUUACUACAUCUGACGUCUAUAGAUGGCGCAAUGUGAUAUUUGAUCUAAAUAUAUGGAGAUGCUUCUAAAAAAACAUUGUUUGUACAACUUCUGUCUGUUCUCUUUAAUAUGUACAGUAUGUACACACACACACACACACACACGUGAAUACAGUAUCUUCAUGCCACUUUGUAGUCCAGAUAGCUAAAGUAAACGGAAAUAUGUCGUGUUUUUCUUUUACAUUUUAUAAUUAAAUUUAAAAGCUAAUAUUUUAAGUGUCUUGUGUUAAAUUAUCAACCCACAGAUAUCCGCUAUCAUUUUUGCAACUGAUGUAACACUUUGGAAAUGUAUGUACAAAAUUCUUGACCUUAUUCUGUAACGUGGAAGUGCGCUCGUUUUUACGAAUGUUAGAACUUCCGACUCAGUUGCCUAUGGGAGAAGUGACUAGAAAAGGUAGAAAAGUCAAACUACGCGUACAUUGUAGGUGUGUUUGUGACUAUACAUAAAAAGAAGAAGAAUAUAAUACGACAAUAUCAGUUUGCAACAUCUACAGCAUAUUGAGUUGUUUAUAACGUCUAAAAAAUCAAUGGAAGUGCAGUGGAGACCGGAAGUCAAAAAGAUUUAAAUGGAGGCGCCAGCUUGCACAGGUCAAUAGCUCUAAAAACAAGUGUGCUUAUGACUAUACAUAAACAGAAGAUUGAUAUAAUAAGACAAUAUCUGUAUGCUACAUCAAGCAGCAUAACGAGUUAAAAAUCAAUUGAAGUGAAACCGGAAGUUAAAAAGAUUCCAAUGGUGGCGGCUGCUCGAGAAUAUUCUUUGGGUCAGUCAUUUAAGUAGGCUACAAUUUAGCCUAAAUUUUAUUUUUUACAACCAGUACAUGAAUUUUUAAAAACCUGUGAUCUGAUAUUAUGAAAUGAUUGUUUUGUUCAUUGCACAUAUGGGCAAUUGUGGAGGUCUGAAUGAUACUAAUGGCUCUACUGUUGUGCAUGUGAGAAUUGUGGCUGUAUAAAUGGAUUUUAGGUGGAUUUUAUUGAACAAAUAAAGGUGUCCACUUGUGUGCUGUGA